ACCAAAGGCUUUAAGUUAUAUCACGUUGACCGAGUAUGUUUGUUCCAUCUGUAACCAAUCCAAGUAGAUAGCGAAAAAACUGGUAGAAAAUAUGCAGAACAAGAAGCUGCACUCAGACACCAAGAUCCAAGUUGAUAGCUUCUUAAUUAAACCCCUCAGGGAUGAUGAUGACCUCUCGUGUUGGUACAAUAUGUUAUUCCAUCACUCUUGGAAUCCUAUCAGCACUAUGCAUUGUUGCAGCAGGAUUAGGUAUGAUUGUAGUUUAUCGAAUGAGGGUUUACACACCGCUAUGGGAAUCCGAACAAUUGAGAUGCAAAGACAAGAGCAAGUGGAUAUUUUCUCAGCAAAAUAAUUUUUGAAAAACUUUUCAUCCUUGUGAUCUGGAGCAGUACUCUUAGCUCAGGUUAGUACACUUCUGCCUCGCCAACUACCACAAAAUUUUAUACCAGCCCCCAGCACAUCUAAAUUACUAUUUGUCAGUUCAUUAUAUAUCAGAACAUUCAUUACAAUAUGCCAGUACAGACAUUACAUUACAAUUGAAUGAGAAAUGAAUAAUGUUUCAAAGCAGUUCUUUCCUUUCUGGUUUCUUGCUAUGUAAGCAACACGGUUACAUGAUUUGAAUAAAUCUGAUGUCUAAAGAAUAUUCUUUUGCAUAUUGUAUUGUUGUACUGGUGUACUGAGAAUUUUUAUCCUCACACUCAACCCGUCAAUGCUAAUUUUGGCUUAGGUCUAACUACAGUAGUUAACUGUCACACUGUCAAAACUAGAAACACAUUGAAUCAGUAUCUGUGAAUGACUCAUUUAGGUGAUUAGGACUACAUUUGGGCAUUUUUGGUAUAAUUAUGAUGGUGCAUGAAUUGGAUUUUAUCUGUCAAACCAACAACUCAAAUUCCUCAGUAAAAAAUGGUAAGGAUCUAAAUACCUGGAUAUGAAUAUGAUUAUGAUUGGAAGGGUAUCCCCCAGAAUUUAAUACUGCUGUUACAGCCAAAAAUGAAAGACAUCAGAGUGAAUUUAAUAUAUCCUCAAUAUUUUCAAAUUAGUUGUGUUUACGUAAACCACACGUUAUUUACAACGAUAAACUUAUAUUUAAAAAGACGAAGGCGCGUGCACUCGAACUAAGAACUUCAUGCAUGGUUACGACUUCUCCGAACUUAGAGUAAUACCACUAAACUAAUAAUUAGUAAUGUGGUGGUUCUCUCAAAAUAAUAAUGCAUAAGAAAUAAUGAGAUAAAACCAUAUGACAAAAUAUUUAAAAUAAAUAAAUCCUCUAAUUUAGGGAAAAUUUGGCAAAUGUAGGAGAACCACAAAUCCUCUAAACCAGAGGAAGAGAUUAACCAUGGUUAGAUUUUAACCAUGGGGCAAAAAAAUCAGUAUUUAAAUGCAUCGAAACCAAUAUUACCUUUGCAUUAUAUGAGUGCUUUGAUAUAUAAGUUAUAUAAUAUCAUACAAAUUCUUUUCAGGGGUUGAAAGAAUUUCACCAAAAAGUAAAAACCCCUGAAAUAGGGAUUUUGUCUAAAAUUUUGAUCAGGGUGGCGAUAGAGGGAAACUACAAGAAUUUGGUUGGGAAUUCAUCUGCGAUUUAUAUAUUUGAAAGGGGAGUGACCUACACAUCAAAAUAAGCAAACUAGGAGAUAUACGUACUGAUCCAGAGAGUCACCAACAUUGUGAAUAUGGAAUGCAACAAAGAAGAGGCCCUUAAGGCCAAACAGAUAGCAGAGUUGAAGGUUGCAGGGUUUGACUUUGCUGGGGCUAAACGAUUUGCUUUAAAAGCUCAAAACUUGUAUCCUGAGCUUGAUGGUCUUCCUCAGUUUCUGGCAACUCUCGAUGUCUACACCUCUGCUGAGAAGGGAGCAAAUGGGGAAGUUAAUUGGUACAAGGUCCUUGGUGUGGACCCUUUGGCUGAUGAAGAUACAAUCCAAAAGCAAUUCAGGAAACUGGCUUUACGUCUUCACCCAGAUAAAAAUAAAUCCGCAGGUGCUGAAGGGGCGUUCAAGAUUAUAUCCGAUGCCAGGAGAAUUCUUUAUGAUCGGAAGCAGAUUUUAAGCUCUAUGCAUGAUGGAGAUGGGAAAUCAUCGAUGCCUACUACUAAGUAUGGUUUCCAGAUGAGUGCUACUCCUACCAUGCCUUGCGGUACUACCAUGCCAGAUGGGAAAUCAUCGAUGCCUACUACACAGAAUGGUUUCCAGUUCUUCAAGACUUAUCACUCAAACACAAGGGAUCAGAGGAGGUCUACUCCUACCAUGCCAGAUGGGAAAUCAUCGAUGCCUACUACUCAGAAUAGUUUCCAGUUCAACAAUUAUCAUUCAAGCACAAGGGAUGAGAGGAGUGCUACUCCUACCAAGCCUUUGUCAACUUCUCGUCCACAGAAAGGUCGGAAAACUACAUUUUGGACCAUUUGCAGUUGUUGCAAGAUGUAUUUUGAGUAUCUUAGAACGUUUCUCACCCACGAGCUUCAAUGUCACAACUGCCAUAAUCACUUUAUAGCUUAUAAGAUACCAGCCCCCAAAAAUGCAUCCAAGUCAAGGCCUUUUGACCCUCAGCAACAAAUAUUUAGUCAGCCUACCAUUCCCAAUAACUCUUGUGAUCCAGGAAGGACACCUGCUGCCGCCGCAGAUGUGAGAUCAUCAGGAAUUUCUGGUGUCAACAAACCAAUGUUUGCUCCAGGAUGGACGCAUGCUCCGGCUACAGAUGUGAGAUCAUCAGGAAUUUCUGGUGUUGACAAACCAAUGUUUGCUCCAGGAUGGACACAUGCUGCGGCUACAGAUGUGAGAUCAUCAGGAAUUUCUGGUGUCGACAAACCAAUGCUUGCUCCUGGAUGGACACAUGCUGCCGCUAGAGAUGUGAGAUCAUCAGGAGUUUCUGGUCUAUGCUUCAACUCAGCAACUGUUGAAAGUAUGCAAGCAACAGCCUUCAGUUCUAGUCAAGCUGCAGGUAGUGCUCAUCCAGCAUUCGGGCAAUUGAAUAGAGGGCAUGAAGAGUCAUUUCCAUAUAAGGAGGCCCACCAGUGGAAAUUUCAUGCUUUUAAGAAACCAGAUCCUUUCUUAUCUACUGUGUCUCCUAAUGCUGGUUUCAGCGCUGUGCCCAGUGGAGUUGAGCCUAUUUGGAAAAGGCAUCGGUGGCCAGAGAUGCAAACUAAAGUGGGAAUGGGAAAUGGAGGAGUUGAUUUGCCCAAUAUCUCACGGGGAUAGAUAUAUAUACCUAUGUAAUAUAUAGGUAGCUCGGCCCAUCUGGAGUUUACUUUUGAUUUGGGUUGGGAGACUGAAUCAAUCAGAGAUAUCUGAUAGUGUGUGCGUCGUGUUUGAAGGAUUUUGGUGGGUGAAUACGGAGGAACAAGCUUGGAAUGGAAAUGGCCCGAAUGUGUUUAUUCUGUGAAUCUAAGUUGUUAGGAAAAGAAAUUUAGAGGCCUUUGAAAAGCUACACUUCAAAGUAGGGAACUUUGAAAUCUUAACUAUUGUCCCAGUUAUGCUUAAUCAUCAUUGAAAGAAGAGAACUUUGAAAUCUUACCCUUCAAAGUAGGCAGUGUUUGCCUGAGCACUUCUUUGAUGUACCAGUUGUUUAGUUUACUCAUUGAGCACUUCUUUGAUAUACCAGUAGUUUAGUUUACUCAUUGAGAAUGGGAAAGGAAGAAGCAAAGUUUAAAUCCUUUAACUUCCUGUCGUUGGUUAUGAGUGAAAGUAAACAAGUAUCCUAUGAAGAAACAGAAGGAAUAAUAGUUCUUCAUUUCCUCAUGAUACUUUGUCAAGAGACUUAGAGUCAGAGACUUAUGGGAACAAUAAGUAACCAAGUGACUAGGUUUGGGCAGUCUGCAGUGCAGAUUUCUGCUUUGUUUUCUCAAAACUGUUCUGGUUUUGGUAAAAGGGAUGAAAGCCGAAGUGUUGUGGGGCUGUGGUGUCUUGGCCAUGUUUUGGAUGCUGUGGAUGGAAAGAAACAGAAGAAUUUUUGAAGUCUAUUAAGAGGCAGAGAUUGAGGAGCUUUGGGAGCAAGCGAGAUUUUGGUUAGUCUUUGGGUUUCAGUUUCUAAGGCCUUCAAAGAUUACAGCUUCUCUUUCAUUUUAAGGGACUGGAGAGCAGCAGUAUUUUAGGAAUUUCUAUGUCUCUUUGACUGGUUUUUGCUGCUUCUCUUUUGAGCUUCUGUUUUGUGGACUUCUUUUAUACUGUUUGUUUUUAUAUUUGUUUUGUUCUUAACAAAAUCUGUUUCAUUUCCAAAAAAAAAAAAAAAAAAGCCUAGAAUUUUCUCUUGUUCCUCUGGUUUUCAUUGAAAUCCAAGCCAAUCCCUUUGUCCUGAGUUACAAAUGUUAUACAUAAUUGGAGAGCAGGUUCUAGCUUUUCUCUGUUAGAUUUUGGACUGUAGACAAGGAUCAAAGGUCAAACGGAACAAGUACCAUGUCGUUACAAGGUUAUAUAUGGAGUUGGGAGUACGCAGACUCCAUUAUGGGUUUUGUAUAAUAUACUGCUGCACCAUAUUUUCCCGUAGUAUGUUUAAAAAUAACCUUUUUAUGGAAAUGUUAUCUCUUGUGGGAGGAUUCCUCCUCGUAUUUGUUUCUCAUUAUAUACCUGUUCUCUUGUUGCAGAGGCCUGUGAGAUCAUUCAAGCACAUUCUGGAUGGCACAUGUAUACUUUCUCUUCUGGAAUUUCAUGGCCAAUGCAGCACCAGCUUUUCAUCUGGUUGCUUGGCAGCUUCUACUGCCACUCUAGUCUUUGUAUCGACUCAGGAUUAUAAAAGUUCAUCUUGCAGUUGUAUUCCUGCAUCAGUUUUGCAAUUAAGUGGUGUAUGAAGGGAUCUUAAGACAUGGCAUGUGUCAUAAUUUAAGGUUUACCACAUAAAAGAAGAUGGAAUGGUCGGGGAAGGGACUCUGAAAGUAGCUUUAUUCUAUAAAGAAUUUAAUUAA